AUGAAGGCGUUGUUGUGGUUGCCAGAUAUGAUGGAGUAUUCUAUCUGCCCAUUUAGCCCACUGUCCGCAUCUGAGGCAUAUACCUUUCUUCUCCUUUGUUCUUGUUGUUGUGUGUUUUUGUUGUUUUUGUGUUUCUGCUGCGUGAAGUCGGACUUUUCCCAGGACGAGGCGGCGCUGUUGUCUCCUCUGGACCCCGAGGCCGGUCCCGGUCCGGACCCGGAGUCUCGAGGUCCGGAGCAGGUCCCGGACUUCCCUCCUCCGACCGGACGGGAGAUGAUCCUGAGGACCUGCGUUCCGUCUCCGGCCUGUUUCUCCAGAGCGCUGCCCCAGAGGAUGUUCUGUGUGCUCCUCAAGGACGAGUUUAGACUGGCGGCGGCGCUCAGCCACGACACCACCUUCUUCUGACCGCACCUGAGUCCACCUGACCGCACCUGAGUCCACCUGACCACACCUGAGUCCACCUGACCACACCUGAGUCCACCUGACCACACCUGAGUCCACCUGACCACACCUGAGUCCACCACCUGACCCCGCCUGAGUCCACCUGACCACACCUGAGUCCACCUGACCGCACCUGAGUCCACCUGACCCCGCCUGAGUCCACCUGACCGCACCUGACCACACCUGAGUCCACCUGACCACACCUGAGACUCACCUGACCACACCUGAGUCCACCUGACCCCACCUGACCGCACCUGAGUCCACCUGACCACACCUGUCCCUCACCUGUCCCUCUGACGUGUCUUGCUCUGGUUCUGUUUAAAUCGUCUGUAGUAUUUUGUGUUAAUUAUUAAAUUUUGUCCCAUAAAUAAAUCACAUUUGUCAUAAAA